AGGUGCGCUGUGUCCCUCGGACACAGCGGAUCACAGAUCAACAGAAAGAGCCAAAGAUGUCGGCUCGGUCCUGUAAUCAGCUGUGUCCAAUCACAGCUGAUCACAUCACUGAUGAUCAGUGUGCCCUGAUGAUCUGUGUAGCCCCAGCAGUGCCACCUGUCAGUGUCCAUCAGUGUCAGCUGUCAGUGCUCAUCCAUGCCACCUGCCAGUGCCCAUCAGUGCCUACCAGUGCACAUCAAUGCCACAUAUCAGUGCCCAUCUGAACUGCCUUUCAGUGUCACCUAUCAGUGCUGCCAGUGCCGCCUAUCAGUGUGCAUCAGUGCUGCCUAACAGUGCCAGUCAGUGCCACCUAACAGUGCCACCUAUCAGUGCC